ACAACUGUCGUAUAUAAUACAUGCUAGAUCAAACUCCAAAGUUGAGCGAGUAAAGGAGCUAAUCAAACAGAAAUUCUUUGCGAUUCAGUGCGUGUAUCCAUUUUUAGUUUUUCGUCAACAAAAUCUGAGGUCUCCCGCCUUAUUUAUAAGAGCGCAAGAAAGCGAGAACCAGGCUCACAUUGUACAUGCGUGAUUCUUGUUGUUGUUGAAAGAGUUACAGCAGUUAUAGUUGUUUAGAUUUAGGCUAUCGUGAUGAACAGCGACGCUUUUUCCUCCAUCCUCUCUACGCUAUUUGUCGCCUCGUUGGUUUUGUUUCUUCUCUAUAGAUACAUGACCUCAACGUUCACUUAUUUCUCUGAACGUGGUAUUCCCGGCCCCAAACCUAUUCCGAUUUUUGGAAAUCUCUGGGGCAUUUGGAGAGUGAGUUUACCUGAUCACGAUCGAAAUUUGGUGAAAAAAUACGGCAAGAUUUUUGGAUAUUUCGACGGCAGCAAUCCCAGUCUGUGGGUCACCGAUCCCGAGUUCAUCAAGGCCAUCUUCGUCAAAGACUUUGAUCAUUUCACCAAUCGUCGGAAUAUUACGUUCGAAAGUAAAGUGGUUCGUCGGAUGGUUAGCAGCGCUCGCGGUCAGGAGUGGAAGGAUAUCCGUUCAUCCAUCACACCGGCAUUCACCACGGGAAAAAUUAAGCGGAUGUCCGUCUUGAUAAAAAACUGUGCCGAUCGAAUGGCCAUCAAGUUCGAUAACAUCGCAACAAGUCAAGGAAAAUUGGAAGCUAAAAUUCAAUUUAGUGCGUUCACUAUGGACGUGAUCGCUCGAUGCGCUUUUGGGAUGACGAUCGACAGUUUAGGUGAGAAGGACGAUCCUUUUAUGACAAAAGCCAAAGCCAUCUUUAACCCUCCGGUCAACAAAACUCCACUAGCUGUUAUUCCAUUUAUUUAUCCGAAGUUGAUUCCAUUAUUGGGCGAGCGCGUCUUCCUCACAGAGGGAUUCCAAUUCUUCAUUAGACUACUAGAGAACUUGAUCAAAGAGCGUAAGGAGUCGGAACAGAAAUAUCAGGAUUUUGUCGAAGCAGCCACGGAAACUAUCACCGACUACACGAAAGAGGUUGACGGCAAGUCUGUACCAAAGUGGAGUAGCGAAGAAAUCAACGAGAUUGUUAUCGCUCAGUCGGUUCUCUUCUUGCUGGCCGGCUUCGACACGACAGCCACUACGUUGACCAACAUCAUUUUUCUUCUCGCUUUAAAUCCGGAAAUUCAAAACAGAUUACACCAAGAAAUCAAGAACAAAUUGAAAAUUUCUGGAGAAGUCAAUCACGACAUACUGAUUGACUUUCCGUACAUCGACCAGGUCAUAAACGAAGUGCUCCGGGUCUACCCACCAGUUCCAAGAGUUGAGAGGGAAUGUAACAAAGACGUCACUUACAACGGUAUCGAAAUCAAGAAAGGAACCAUGAUUACCGUGCCGUCGUUUGCUCUCCAUUACGACCCGGACAGUUAUCCGGAUCCCGAAACAUUUAAUCCCGAUAGGUGGAGCGCCGAUAACAAAGCUGAACGUGACCCGUACACUUUUCUUCCGUUUGGAAUGGGGCCUCGUAACUGUGUCGGCAUGCGAUUUGCCAUGGAAGAAAUCAAAAUAGCUUUGUGCACAAUCGUCAGUCAGUUCCGCUUCUUCCGUGUCCGUGAAACACCGGAAAAGAUGCAAUUCGACAAAGGAUUCAUUCAAGUGACGCAGCCCGUCAACGCUAUUGUUGGAAUUGAGCGUCGCCCAACUUUAGCGGAACCCCAGCAAACCGAAACUGAAAAAAAAAAAAAAAAUUCAUAUUUUUAAUUUGAUCUCGUACGAUUUUCGCAUGGUCUCAAGUAAAGAUGUUAAUAGGGUUAUAAUAAAGUGACGACGAAUCAUUA